AUUUGACGUAAAUUUUGCAUAAAUGUAAAUAUGGCUACACAAGGAGUUCGAGGUGUUUCGAGAGUUUUAGAAAAACUAGAAAAGUCCGUUAAAGAUGGAAAUUAUUACGAAGCGCAUCAAAUGUAUAGGACAUUGUAUUUCAGAUAUUUAACACAGAAAAAAUACGGAGAAUUAAAGGACAUGCUGUAUAACGGGGCGGUAUUGUUUCUAGAACGAGAUCAGCAACUGAGCGGCUCCGAUUUGGGUAUAUUGCUAAUAGACGCACUAGAAAAAUCGGACGAUUACGACUGCAAUUCGUGGUCUCACAAAUUAACGAAAAUAUUCCGUCACAUAAACUCUUCCACGCCGGAACGUGACACGUUUCUAGCCCGUGCCAUACGCUGGUCUUCGAGAGGAUCAUCCCACGGGCACCCUCUCUUGCACAGAAGCAUAGCGUUGGUGUAUUGGGACGAGAAGAACUACGCCCAGGCGCGCCACCACUUCAUCUACUCCCAGGACGGCAAGAAUUGCGCCCGGCUGUUGAUAGAAUUCCAAAGAAGCCAGGGCUUCAAGGACGAGGCCGAUUUGUUUAUAGUACAAACGGUGUUGCAAUAUUUGUGUUUAAAGAACAAGAGUACGGCGAAUCAAACGUUCACCAGCUACACCGAGCAACACCCGAGGAUCCUCAAGGCCGGGCCCCCCUACUUGCUGCCGCUGCUAAACUUCGUGUGGUUCCUGUUACAAGCGAUAGAAAGCCGGAAAAUACAUUUGUUUGCGGUGCUGUGCGAGAAGUACGAAACGUCCCUGCGGAGGGAUCCCUGUUACAUUCACUACCUGGAUAAAAUAGGUCAGAUAUUCUUCGGGGUGAAGCCGCCUCAGCCGAUGCACCAGGGCGGUAGUUUCUUCGGGAAUUUUUUGGAGAGUUUCCUGAGCGGAUUGGAUGAGGAUAGCGAGGACGAGUCUGCGCAAGCGUCGACGUCGGGCAUAGCGAGAAAUGCGCCCGUGGAACACGAUCAAUUGGAUUAGAUUUUUAGAUUAUUUUUGUUUGAUUUUUUUUUGGGUAAAUUGGAAGGAAAUUUUGGCGGAAUUUUGCGUGUAACACACUUUAUUGUAACAAAGAAAAUCUUUUAUAAAUAGGUAUUUUAUUACGUUCGAUCGAUUUAUUCCAAAACCACAAAUUUUCAAUUCAAUCUUGUUUUGUUUUCGUAGUUUAAGCGCGUUGUUUUAUUGUUUUUUUUUUGAAUCGAAUGAACUGACUUUUUUUAUAGUUUUUAUAUAGAAACAUUGUUUAUUGUGGAAAAGUCCGUUCUCGUAACACCCAUUAAUUAAAUUGAUUCUUUCUAUUGGAACUCUGCGGUGAAUGAAACCGAAACACCAGACAAGUACUAUCUAAUUUAUUAUUAAUUUAAAAAUAUCGAUAAAACCUUUAAAUUAAGUUGUAACAUUUUUAAACGCAAUAAAAAUGUUUUUACGAA